CAUAUAAUUAUUCUCUGUCUCCGUGGACUUCCACUGUCUCUCUUUAAGGUUACACGGAGAGAGAGAGAGAGAGAGAGAGAGAGAGAGAGAGACUCCAGUCCCGAUGAGCUUCGACUUGUGAAAGACCAAAGCGUCUUGAGUUCCGAUCAGCUGCAUCUUGCUUACUUUUAUGGGUUGAAGGAGGAAGUUGUGAAUGAUGCCAGCAAAGCCUGGAAAUGAAGAUGGACGAUUAGAACAUGGUGGGCAGACUGUGUUGCAGUCAGCCACAUAUUCUCAACCUUGGUGGCGUGGCGUGGGGAGCAAUGUGUCCUUAGGUGACAAUGCUUCAAAAUCAACUUCAAUGGAACACUUAAAUGUUUCUGUUGGGAAUGGAGCCAUGCAAUUGAAAGUGAAUGGCCCGCUAGAUGAUGGAGCCAAAUUCAACAAAGAAACACGGGGUACUGUAGCAUCAAAAUCUGAUGGGAAUAUUGGGAAAGAGCACCGAGAUAAUAACCGUGUUCCAUCCUUAACCCCUAAAAUGGUUGAACACCUUGAUCCGAACUCCCAGAUGGAGCUUGUUGGUCACUCAAUUGUAUUGACAUCAUAUCCUUAUUCAGAUCAACAGUAUGGUGGAAUGUUUGCUUCUUAUGGGCCCCAAGCUAUGAUACCUGAAUUAUAUGGAAUGCAUCAUGCUAGAAUGCCUUUACCUCUUGAAAUGGAAGAGGAACCUGUCUAUGUAAAUGCAAAACAAUAUCAUGGUAUUCUGAGACGAAGACAAUCACGUGCUAAGGCUGAGCUUGAGAAGAAAAUGAUAAAAGUUCGGAAGCCAUAUCUGCACGAGUCUCGACACCUACAUGCUAUGAGGAGGGCAAGAGGCUGUGGGGGGCGCUUUCUUAAUACAAAAAAGCUUGAUAAUCUUUCUGAUCCCCCUUCAGAAGAAGGCAUGAAUAUGGGUGCUAAACCUUCUAUGGGGCCAACCAUCUCAUCUGGCUCUAAAUGCUUUUUCAACAAUGGCAAUGGGAAUUCAGGUUCCUCGCUUAAUCAGCACAAAGGAUCACUGCCCAUAGUUCACAACACACAUGGAGCGCACUGUUUUUCCAAAGGUAACAGCAGUAGCAAUGGCCUGUCAUCAACUUACCAUUCACUGUUUAGUGAUGGUAAGGAGGUAGACUGCUUGGGUCAGCAGAGAGAGAGCAUGCAGGUGAACGGGGUUGCACAUGGGGCACUCCCCAUUAAAUGACAUUCGCUGAAGGUGAACCAGAAGGUGUUCGCCGCAUCCAGCUUUGGGAGAAACCCUCGUGUUUCUCAGGCAAUUCAUUCUUGGCUUAAAAAAAACAAGUUUACUUGUCUUAAUUCUAGGUGAGAAUUGGGAGACAAAUAUGACUCGCUGCCAUUAUGGUCUGAAGUUCAUACAUUUUUCUUCCUUUCCCUCCUAGUGUAAAAUGCUCAAAGUUCCUAACUUAUCAAGUAGGAAAUGGUUAUGUAUGUGUAAAAUUUCAACAAUUUAGGUAUGGAGGUUUCAGAAGUGUGAUGCUUGUUUAUGAC